UAAAGUAUUUUCCAUUGGAUGGUGAGAGGCUGUUCCUCGAACUGCCAGCCUUCAUGCUUCCUGGUGUGAAAAAAGAAUUCUCCUUAUAGGGAAACUGAGCAUUUUUACAGUGCAGUCUCAUUUCCUGCUGGGCGUGUUACACAUACAACUUUGCUGUAAGAAUUUCAGUAGUUGGUGAACUAGUUGUAUCUAGAUUUGAAAGACCAUUCUUAUUGUGUUUGGGAGGUAUAAGGAAAGAAACGUAAGCAGAAUGUCCAAGUCGUUGAAAAAAAUAGUUGAGGAGUGCAAGGAGAAGAACCAGACUGACGUUGAUAUGUGUGACAGGGGCAUAACUAAUCUGCUUGAAAUUCCUGGAAUGUUUACAAUGUCCAGUAUUACUCAGCUGGUACUCAGCCACAACAAGCUAGCAACUGUGCCUCCAAACAUUGCAGACCUGAAGAAUCUUGAGGUACUUAACUUCUUCAAUAAUCAGAUAGAAGAGCUCCCAACGCAGAUCAGUAGCCUUCAGAAGCUGAAACACCUGAAUCUGGGUAUGAACAAGUUAAAUUCAUUGCCCAGAGGAUUUGGCUCCCUACCAGCUCUGGAAGUACUUGACUUGACAUACAAUAAUCUCAAUGAAAAUGCUCUUCCAGGAAACUUUUUCUAUCUAACCACCCUGCGUGCACUCUAUCUAAGUGACAACGAUUUCGAAAUCCUGCCGCCAGAUAUUGGGAAGCUCACAAAGUUGCAGAUACUCAGUAUGAGAGACAAUGACCUCAUUUCCCUGCCAAAGGAGAUCGGGGAGCUCACUCAGCUGAAGGAGCUGCAUAUCCAGGGCAAUCGCCUCACUGUACUACCCCCUGAACUCGGCAACUUGGAUUUAACUGGAGCAAAGCAAGUGUUUAAGGCAGAGAACAAUCCAUGGGUUACACCUAUUGCUGACCAAUUCCUACUUGGAAUAUCACAUGUUUUUGAAUACAUCCGUUCAGAAACCUACAAAUAUCUUUAUGGAAGACACAUGCAAGCAAAUCCAGAGCCUCCUAAGAAGAAUAAUGACAAGUCGAAGAAAAUCAGCCGAAAACCCCUGGCAGCCAGAAAUAAAUGAAGAGGGCAGAGAGCUUGGCGCAUGCCAUUGCAUUAUAUGUACUAUCUACAGUUGCUAAUUGUAUUUAUUCACUUCAGAUACAGGGAUAUCUUUUGUACUAUGUAUCAUUUACAAGUUCAGUGUUGCCUUGUGUCCGCAGACUACUUAUUCAGAUAAUAUUGUAUAUGAACCCUUCUUUGAGAGAUACUGUAUUGUCACCUUUUUCGUAAUUGAUAUACAUGUAUGGUUCCCAGCAGACCAGCCUUUCAACAGUUGUUACGAUAUUUCCUCUUACGUCUAUUUUCAUUAACAUAUUUAAGAGUUCCUAAGUACUGUUCAGGAAUUUAAUUAACAAACCAUUACUUUUUCUCUGUAAUGUAAUAAUUUAAUUUGAGGCAAUAUCUGCAGUCCUUUGGAUUGUGCCCGAUGCUGGGUAGUCCUUUGAAGCUGUGUACUGACACACAAGCUACUCCCGUAACCAUUGUCAUAUUUUGUCUGUCGAAUACUGUGUAAUACAAGUUACUCCCAUAACCAUUGUCAUAUUUCAUCUAUCGAAUACUGUGUAAUACACAGCCCUGUACUGAGCUGUAGUUACAUGUACAGGUAAUGCCGAAUGACAGUCAGUGUGGUCCAGAUGGCAAUCUUUGACUGUAGCUGUCUUUUACUUCCCACAACUUCACUUCAUACAUCCCCAGUGCAUUUUCUUUCACAUCAAUAUGGUUUCCUGCAUUCUGUUGUGGGCAGAAUGCCUCCAGCAUUUUUAUCAGAUUGUUCAUUGUGACUCAUGAAUAAGAGAGAGAGAGAGGGGGGGGGGGGGAGCAAACCUUAGUUCGGUAAGAAGAUGCCAUAAAGCUGGGAACAGUAAGUAAACCAUAGUGAGUUUCGGAAUUGAAUUGGUGCUCUCAGUUAACACACACAUUUAUGUCAUUUUCCUUUCAUAAUUCCAUCCAUUUCAGCUAAGAAAUUAUUUUUGUAUAACAUUUUAUUAAUGCUCAUGCAUUGCUUGUCAGUUUAUUUUAUGAAUUGUUAAUAGUUUUCUGUAACUUAGUCAUAUUUGUUAUGUAAUGAUCACUGGUUUUAAAAUAAAACAUUUGUAUUAUGUCAGUUUAUUUUCUCAAAUGAAUAGUUAUUUUGAUACUUAAUUUACUCUGUGCCCAUGUUAUCAUCCAGUUUCAGAGAUGAAUAAAUCUGUAGCAUAUGUUAA